GGGGUUUAGAGGAAGCGGAAGUGUCAGAGCAGGCGGAAGUGGUACUGCCCUGAAUACCCUGAGCAGCAAGCGGAGGACGGCUUGAUAAACUCCCAUCGUUCAGAGACUAAAAUCGGGAUUCCAAGUACGCUCUAAAUCCUAAAAGAUGGAUAAGAACGACCUGGUGCAGAAAGCCAAGCUGGCAGAGCAGGCCGAGCGCUACGACGACAUGGCGGCUGCCAUGAAGGCUGUGACGGAGCAGGGCCUGGAGCUCAGCAACGAGGAGCGCAACCUGCUCUCCGUCGCCUACAAGAACGUGGUGGGGGCCCGUCGUUCAUCCUGGCGCGUCAUCUCCAGCAUCGAGCAGAAGACGGAGGGGAACGAGAAGAAACAGCAGAUGGCUCGCGAUUACCGUGUGAAGAUCGAGUCUGAACUCCAAGAAAUCUGCCAUGACGUGCUGAAUCUGCUCGACAAAUUCCUCAUUCCCAAUGCAUCUCAGGCGGAGAGCAAGGUGUUCUACCUCAAAAUGAAAGGAGACUACUUCAGAUACCUGUCAGAGGUGGCCUCUGGGGACUCAAAGAAGGAUACGGUGGAGAACUCUCAGCAGGCCUACCAGAACGCCUUCGACAUCAGCAAGAAGGACAUGCAGCCAACACACCCCAUCCGGCUGGGCCUGGCCCUCAACUUCUCCGUCUUCUACUACGAAAUCCUCAACUCCCCUGAGCAGGCCUGCUCUCUGGCCAAGCAGGCUUUCGACGAGGCGAUCGCCGAGCUCGACACCUUGAACGAGGACUCGUACAAAGACAGCACGCUGAUCAUGCAGCUACUAAGGGACAACCUCACUCUGUGGACAUCAGAAAACCAGGGAGAUGAGGGCGAAACCGGCGAUGGAGAGAACUAGAGCGCACUUCACUGUUAACCCAUCCCCACUCUCUUCCUCUUCCUUUUAUCUCUCUUCCUCUUUCUUCUCUUCUUCCUCUCUUCGUACACAUAAACAGCCCAUUCAUUCCCUCGUCCCACUUGUUCAAGCCCAGCCUCCCGACUUCCCUUCUGUAUAACCAACAGCAUGAAUAGUACCUGACCUUCACAAACAAAUUUUAAAAAUGGAGGGAGACGAGACAGAAACUAGUCCAUCACCCCAAGAUCCCUCCAUCCCUCCCUCCCCUCCCACCUUCCCUCUCUCGAUCAUGGCACUCCAAGGCAGGCCAGCAGGCUAACACCACUGGCCAGUCUAGUCUUAUAGCAUGCAGGGAGGAUUCUUAUCCAAGGCCACAAAAUAAAUUAAUGAUUUUAGAUUCCACAUUCCCCUGUUUUUACCCCCCUUGUUUAAUCUUUCUCCUCCAUUCCUUCCAUUCUUCCUCACUCCUCUUCCCUCCUUCCUAACAUCUCAGUACGUUCUCUCACCCUCCUCCCCUCCUCUCUCUAGCGAGUUAAUGCAUUUAUAUAGUUGUCCAUCCCUUCUCUUUUGGCUUUUCUUAGUGUACUGGCAAAAUGGCUGGUUUUAUUCCACUUUAAACAAAAACAAAAAAAGGUUAUUAAACUGUCCGUUUAUUUUCAACAAACACUGUGAUGCUUAGUUUUUCCUCCACCUUGCCACCAGAUCCUCGUGUGAUGGCAAAAAAAACAAUUAUCAGCUGGGAGAGGGUGCGUCUGGGCAGCAGUGCGAUUCUGCUGAGGUUUAUACAGAAGGGUCCUCCUACAAGGCUGUAUUGUGACACUGACAAAUCUAAAAACAAAAGUGUUUUACCUGCUGUGUAAUCAAACACUCGCUGUUUUACAGUUUUAUUUUUCCUUUCUAACCGGGACCUGGGGUUUUAAUCAGCGCCAUUCUGCAUAUUUCUAUUUCGAAGCUAAAAAAAACAAAACAAAACAAAAAACACUGAUUUGGAAAAUGAUUACGAAACACACAAAGAGCAUACAUUCCAUUUUAAUGUUUGAGAAGAUUUUAGACAUCUUUCACAACAAAUGGGACCUGCCGGCUUCCUUGGAUCCACUUCCUGUCAAGGUGCUGUUGAACAUCAGUACUGUCCCUAAAGUUAAUUCCUUAACCGUAUGUUCGUUUCCCUUUGCGAUUGCUUUUUUUUUUUUCAGUGUGUGUGUAUAACAAAACCAAUUCUUCUUUCCGUUUUUUGAAAACUGUAAAAUUGUAAAACAUUUUUAGAGCUUAACUGUAAAUCUGUCUUUUGGAAAAACAAAACGGUUUGUCAAUGUUGUUCGUUAACACCAGCUUGCAAAGAAACCUUGAAGCCGUUACAGUCAGCUACUGUUGUAUGCUUUGGCAUUUUUGGCCAGAUCCUUUUUUUCUUUUUUUGGUAACUUUCCUUUCCUCUUCCCCCUCUCAUGCCCCUUCACUGCCUGUACUGACAAGUCUAGAAAAGUCCUGAGUUUCCACUCGCUGCUGAAUGGUGUGAUCUGCCAACUAGAAUGCAUGCCUUUAUUUAUCACCAUGUAAAUCUACCACAAGCACCGAGUGGGGAAUUGUACACUCUGUGGAUCGACACUUAAACUUUCUGCUACCUGGUUUCCAAAAUCUGGGGGGCAGUUGGGGCAGUGAGGCCUGGUACUGAUCCUGCGACUCGACCUUUGAAACAAGCUAAAUAAUCUGAACUCGAGGUUCACUUAGUAGCUAGUAAGUGAAGUUUGAGUUAAAAUUAUUUGUCGGAAAGGAAGGAUCUUUUCCCCAAAUCAAAUAAUUUGAUUUAAAAAAACAAAACAAAAAUAACAAAAAAGGAAGCAGUGAUUUUAAGUGUCACCUUUGGCGCAGUCCAAGUCCACAACAGGUACGUGCAUUGAAGGAGCCAAAUCUCCCAGCAGCCGAUCAGCCAAUCAUCUGUUUGUGGAAGUGAGAACCUGUAGUUUGGAUCACGUUUUUUUUGUGUUCAGGCUGGCGUUUGUAAACAUGCACACGUGUCAAGGCGACCUUCAGAUUUAAAGAGAAAACUGUCAGCAGCUAACGGUACAUUGUCGGGCUUAUUUUUCAGAUCUGAUCUUUUAUGAUAUUUACAAUUGGCAAAAAAUAAAAUCCGGCCCCAUGAGGUUUAUCUCGUUUCUACGACUGCGUCCUGCCCACAGCACGAUACUACACGUGUUCAGAAGCAACGCAAAUCCCAAACUAGACUAGUCUUUAGUCCCAGACUUUGAGAAAUACUGGCAGGUGUCAGUUCAUGUGAAUGCAGACACGACAGUCUGUGAAAAGCCCCUUUUUCCUCAAACGUAGAAGUAGCUAGGUCAAUUUUUUCUCCUCCACUCAGUGUCACAAUAACCUUGUCAUCAACCAUCUCGACAUUCCACUCUGUAGGUGUAGAAAAGUCAUGUGUCUCAAUGUUUUUUUUCUUUUGCUGGGGACAAAUGUUUUCAUGCACUGAAGUUUAAAAGGUUAAAAAAAAAUGAUUCCUCCCUGCCGCUCUUUUUCUCAUUAGCUGAACAAAAAGGCAGUUAUUCUACGCUUUAUAAGGAAAAAAUGAUCCCAUGCAGUAGUGAAUGUGGCACCGAGCCUGUCUGUAUAUCUGGUAUCUCAAAUCAUUUUGUUUUUACUGACCAGUAUUCUGCUUAAAAUAAAAAGGAAAAAAAAAAUAACCCAAAAAACAACAAAAAAAAAAAAGUUUGCUUCUGUGACGGUUUUAUUGCUUAGCGCGCACGUGGUUGUGAAAAUUUAGACUUAGCUUAAGGACACCAAUAAAAACGAGAAAAUGACAAAAAAGAAAACCCCUCGACACCUCCCCCCUCCCCACCCUGGUUAUUGACGUAAUAUUAGAUUUGUGUAUGUCUUUUAAAAAAAAAAAAAAAUUCCAACUCUAGUUUCACCUUACAUGUUAUAAACAGGACAAAAUGUAAAAGACAAUUUAAAGUGAAAUAAAGGUUUUAUCAGUUCUGAA